AUGUGUACGGAUCACAAGGCACCUUUUGCUGGGAUCGCUAGGAUGCCGCUAAAAGCUUUACAAGGCAACAAAUCAAACGACGUACCGUUCCAAAUGACGAGAAGGCAUUGUACAUACAAGCCGGAAACAUCAUUCUCUGCUGACAACCAGAUAUCAAACGAUAUGGCGGACGAAGACCAACCGGACGAACCAGCCACAAUGGAAAAUAUCCUACCAGGAUUACUUCGCCAAAUACGCGAGGAGAUAACUAAGCAAGUACGCGAUGAGUCAAUUACGCCGCACGUACAAGAAACAAUUAGCUGGGAAGACUCUACAUUAGCGGCAGAACUAUGGGCCAGAAUAACAUCAACAUAUGGCCUAUCAACAGCCGAAGAGCGUCUUAUGACUGUCAAAGCCUUGCUUGACAUUAACCCACAAGGCAAUUAUCCGGCAAUGAUCCGGGAUCCUCAACAAAUUGGAGCAAAGCUCAAAUGCCUAUGGCAACAAAGCUUUAUUUAUACAAAACUUGACAAGUUCUUCUCCUGCGGCCGUGGACCAAUCAAAAACCUAGAUAUUGCAGCAUUGGCAGACCAAUUAGUGGCUUGA